AUCCUCCUGGUCGUAAAACUGCUGACGAGUUUCCUUGAGCUACACAUGGAAAGUGAAACUGUGCUCACACAGACAGUUCCACUGGUGCUUUAUUCCACAGGCUUUCUGUCUCCUGCAGCUGAGUGACAGCCUCUACAUCAGCUGGUAUCUCAUCUACAGAUGUCUCCUGUGGGUUUGUGUUUUCUCUUCUUCUUCUCUGUCCUGGUGUGUCACUGGGAACCAGUAUGUUGCUAUGCCAAUGGUAAAGUCACCAAAGCGUGUGGCAGCAUGAAGCCUCAUCAUGGUGGAGCCUCUGGUCAGACGACGCUCAGCCCUUAUCAGCUCCAGACCAACACCUCCACCUUCAGUCCUGGAGAUCAGAUCAGAGUCAUCCUCUCAGGAACAUCAUAUUUCGAGGGUUUCCUGCUUCAGGCCAGAGAUGCAGCCCAACCAGAAUCAGCCUCAGCGAUCGGCAGCUUCACCCUGACCAAUCCAGACAGGAUGCAGCUGCUCACCUGUAACAACCACCAGGGUUCAGCGGUGAGUCAGACUAGUGAUGCCAGACAGACGGAGGUUGUCGUCAUCUGGACUGCUCCUCAGGAUUCUCCAAACGAGGUUCAGUUUUUUGUGACUGUUGUUGCCCACUACAAGGUGUUUUGGCUGAAGGUACCUGGACCAAUCAUCUAUCAGCAUGGCAUCACUCCCCACCCCCAUCAGACCACCUCUACACAUCCUACAAUUCAACCGACUACACCUUCUAUCCUGCCUGGACCUUUCACCUCUGAGGGCUGCGGCCAAUCAAAAUCCUGCCUGCUGGACCCUCCGGGAUGUGAUCCAGAGAAAGAUCCUCACUGCUUCUACAUGUCCAUGUCCACUGAGGGCACAGACAAAACGUCUGUGAUGUUUGAGCUGAGUGGUCCUGCGGAGGGAUACGUUUCCUUCGCUCUGUCCUGGGAUACAUGGAUGGGCAACGAUGACGUGUAUUUGUGUAUAAAAGACGAGGACAGGGUAUCAGUGAGCGCGGCCUUCGUCAGCGGACGGACGUAUCCUGAGGACCAUUCACAGUCUGGUCUCUCCUCGGUGUCGUGGCGACUGGCAGAUGGAUCGAUCCAGUGCCGGUUCAGCCGACCAGUCAAACUGACCAAUCAGGGACGCUUCGAUCUGGACCAGGGCUACUUCCUGUUUCUAGCCAGUGGACACACUCAGUACGGUGAAAUAAGGAAACACAGCCGCCAGCCACUGAUCUCCAGAGACAGAAAACUCAUCACCGGUCCUCCUCAAGUCCUCAGAGGCUCCCGGAGUCCAACCAUUAUGAAAAUGCAUGGUGCGCUAAUGCUGUUAGCCUGGAUGCUAACAGGAAGCGUUGGGACCUUCAUCGCCAGCUUCUACAAACCCGAUUGGCCAAAUCAGACUCUGUUCGGCCAGAAAGUUUGGUUCCAGGUUCAUCGAGGCCUGAUGAUGCUAACUGUGAUUCUGACUGUUGUAGCCUUCUGCCUCCCAUUUAUCUACAGGAAAGGCUGGAGUACGGACGCAGGUGUCCAUCCCCAUCUAGGCUGCUGUGUUCUGGUAUUAUCUCUGAUCCAGCCAAUAGCAGCCAUGCACAGACCACCACCUGACUCCAACAGGAGGUUUAUCUUUAACUGGACUCACUCGAGCAUUGGAAUUUUUACAGAGAUCCUGGCAGUGGCGACCAUGUUACUGGGGGUGGGUCAGACAUCGUUACCGCUCCCGUCUCCAUGGGCAACAAGCGUUCUGAUUGGCUAUGUGGUCUGGGUGGCCUCAUUAAAGGUCGCCCUCGGGUGGCACAGUCGCUACAGAAAAUCGUUGGGAUCAGGUGAUCAACAGGCCAUUCUUCCUGAGCAAAUACAGCAGAGUCACUGGGUGUCCCUCAUAAAGUCUCUCAGCUUGACGGCCUUGGCUUUAGUUAACUGUGGUCUCUUAAUAGCUCUGUUGUCUUCUAUCGCUGAUAUUUGACAUUUAUUACAAAAGAAACUGAAAUAACUUUAAAGACCAGAACUCACUGAGAGGGGAGCAAUGCUUCAAGUUCAUUAAAGCUUAAUAACAUAAAUACACAUGCUAUUUUCUUUUUUAAAUCUGAUCUAUUUCACCAUAGGCUUCCUUAUUGGUCAUAUUUAGAUUUUUUAUUAUUUUACAUAUGGUGUUUUCCUUUACUCCGAUGAACUGUUAGAUACUAUUAUGCUAUUUUCAGUGAUUAUUAAUGUUUAAUGGUGAAACGUCGCUGCCCUUUUUAUUGAAUAAUUCAUUAAAGAAAACAUUUAUUUCAGCAAAAUGCCGUGCCACAGAUGCUUUUUCAUGCUUGUCAUUUACUUUUUGUCUUGAUUCUCGUUUACUUGUGCUACGAACAAAUAAAAUACAAUAAGAUACGCUGCUACUA